AUGGAAGAAAAGUUCCACUUACACUGGGGCAUCCUGGGCAUAAGACACAUCGCCGAGGCUUUCGCAAAAGACCUCCUUAUCGACCCGGCCACAAGAGAUCGAAACGAUAUCGUCCAUCUCCUUUACGGGGUAGCGUCGUCUCGCUCAGUAAACGUCGCCCAGGAAUUCCUGACCACAGUCUAA